CCACUCCAUUAAUGUCGGUUCCCAUUCUCCCACUCACGAUGACCCCAAGACACUCGAGGAAAAAGAAAAAAGCAAAAGGUAAAAAAAAAAAAGCACAUAAACAAGCUCAACAAAACUCUUCCAGAAUCAAUCAGAGCACAUUUGAUUCCAAGAUUGGAUCCAGUUUCUGGUGGUCUAGUUUCUCUGAGUUUUGGUGAUCGAGCAGAUUAACAGGCAGAGUUUUAAGAAUGUCGACAGUGGGGAAUUCAACAAACAUAUUUUGGCAAGAAUCACCCAUUGGGAAAGCUGAAAGGCAAAAGUUGUUAAACCAGAGGGGCUGUGUGGUGUGGAUCACAGGGCUCAGUGGCUCAGGGAAAAGCACAUUAGCUUGCUCGCUGAGUAGAGAGCUGAACAACCGGGGAAAGCUAUCAUAUAUUCUUGAUGGGGACAAUCUUCGUCAUGGUUUGAACAAAGAUCUUGGUUUCAAGGCAGAGGACAGAGUUGAAAAUAUACGCAGAGUCGGAGAAGUAGCAAAACUCUUUGCGGAUGCUGGUUUGAUCUGCAUCGCCAGCCUCAUAUCGCCAUAUAGAAAAGACCGUGAUGCCUGCAGGGAAAUGAUGCAGGAUUCAUCUUUUAUCGAGGUUUACAUGAACAUGUCUCUACAAUUGUGUGAAGCAAGAGACCCUAAAGGCCUAUACAAGCUAGCGCGUGCAGGAAAGAUCAAAGGUUUCACAGGAAUAGAUGAUCCGUAUGAAUCUCCCUUGAAUUGUGAGAUAGAGCUGAAAGAGAAAGAAGGAGAGUGUCCUUCCCCUGUAGCUAUGGCUGAAGAAGUCAUCUCUUACUUAGAAGACAAAGGUUUCCUCCAAAACGAGUAACCUUCAACAUAAUCCAACGGCUGGGAUUAGUUUAUUUUCCUUUUCUUUUCUGGUUGUUCCCUGGUUAUUACUCUCAUAAAUAUAUAUAUAUCCCCAUCUCUUUCUUCUCAAACCUAUCAACUUUUCUAUACUGAAUGUCUGAAACUCAAGUGAUUCAACGGCAGAGUCUUACCAAGCUAAAUCAGAAUAUUGCAGUUACAUUUGUUAAGGUAAAUCACACCAAUUUGAAGUAAGUAACAAGUCAUUCCAUUGAGGAUGAUCUAUUCAAAACCCUAUACAACAACGACAAAGACUACUGCCAAUAUUAUUCUUCUGAAUUUGAUACUAUGGUGCAACGGUUAUACUGAUACACUUAUGAUAGAUUGAUAGUGGAUAAACUGAUUCAGAAAAAAAUAUAGAUCUUAUUCGAAUAGCUUGUAAAAAUAGAGGGUUCUUUUUGCAAUGUUCCCUAAAUGUUUAGAUUCUGAUGAGUUGUGCAAUAUAAAAAAAACAAAAAACUCGAUCCCGGGGGACAAUUUAGAGACAAAAGAUGGUGUUGAAUAGUCGAUUGGUGGAGACAACGGUGAAUCUAUCGACAGAUCUCUGGCAAUAUGUUGCUUGUAACCCCGAGAGACUUCCUCGCGCCACCGUGCUCAAUUUCAUCUUCUGCAUCCCUCUCCUCCAACUCCGCCGCCUCGCUUCCUCUCUCGGACCAUACCUCUGCUUCGUUUCCGGCACCGGAGUCGAUCGCCGUACUCAUUUCGAUUAAUUUCUCGGCGUAGUUUCCGCGAAUCGUCUGUUAAAUUUCGACUUUGAUUCUGUAAAUUUUUUGUUUUGAUUGUAAUAUUGUAAUCUCAGUUUGUUUGUUUGUAAA